GCUGUGGGAGAAUAUAUUAAAACAAUAUAGAAAUGAUCAAUGUACUGAAUAUUCUCACUAAAUUUCGCAGUUGCACAAUCCAUGAGCGUAUUAGACCUAAGCAAUUAUCUGAUAGUAUUGGGCAGUUCGAGUGCCCGGAGACUCUCGAUUCUCCAAGAGGUUCUCAAGAUUACAAAGGUGACAGUGGUGAAGCCCGAUUUUGAGGAAAAUCUCCCGAAAUCCAUGUCUCCUAAACAGUAUGUCCAACAGACCUCUCAUCACAAACUACUUUCUAUCUUGGACGCCAACACGUUUGAGUCUCCUACAAUCGUCAUCUGCUGUGAUACCAUAGUUGACUGUAAUGGCCAGAUCCUCGAAAAACCCCAGACGAAGGUGGUUCAACGUCAAAUGUUAAAUAGCUACCGGCUCCACAAUGCGAUCAAUGUGAUUUCAUCAGUACAUGUGGCAAUUGUGCACGGAAAAGACAUCCAUGUCGCUGGAGAUGAGGUUUGUACGACCUUGAACUUCGAUUCGAGCACUCCUCAAGAAGUGAUUGAGGCAUACAUCGAAAGUGAAGAAGGGUUGGAGGUGGCUGGAGGAUUUAAGUUCCAGGAAGCGGGAAACGUUCUUUUCCUGUCACUUAAAGGCGAUUACUUCAACGUGGUGGGUCUCCCCGCCAAGCGGACGUUCGAUCUAGUUCGCCAGUUACUUGGACAUGUGUAAGUUAUAAGACCUUAGCAGCAGGCUUGUCGUCCUGCACACGCCUGCGAAAUUGUACAAAAGUCUGAGUGCGAGAUGAGAUGAAAAAUAUUCAAGAUGGCUCAGAAA